AUUUUGUGUUGUGGGUGACUUAGUUCUUUCUUCGAUCAGUGUUGUUACUUUUGUAAAUUAAUUUCAGUGACUCAGCUUUCUAAGGAAAGAAUUUCAAUUCCUCAGGUUUGACAUGCCAGGUAGAUCACCUCAUCGCCGGUCUCCGCCGCCACCUCCGCUCAUAUCUCACCACUCGUCUGAGAGAAGUCGAGCCCACAGUCCUGCGAGACAGCGUAUAGAGAUGGCGUCGUCUAGUCGUGGCAGAGAUAGGAGGGAAUACAGGCCAUCCAUCAGGAGGAGCAGAUCUCCAGUUCCUCCUAAACGGCGUUCAUACAGCCCUCCUCCUAUAAAAAGGAAGGCUUCACCAAUUCCAGAAAGAGAGUUAUCCAGGAGACCAAAAAUCAGCAAAAGUCCAGUUGGCUCAAGAGGUGAAUCACGAGGAGCACCAGAAUUGCGUUACAAUUCAGCUGUAGACCCAGAACCACGACCAGUUAGAAACGUUUCUAGCUCAGAAAGAUUCAGAGAAAGAGAUUAUGAAGACAACGAUGGCGGCGCACCCAAGUUCAGAGGCCCUGAAAACCCUGUGGACUAUAAUAUUAAUGAUUUGAAAAAGUUCACAAUAGAAAUUGUGAGGAAGCCGAGCAGCAAUCAUGGAGACACUACUAUUAACAGGAGUAUUAUAAAUCCCGAAGAUAUAGCCCCAGUUCGCCGCCCUGGCAUGAGAGGGGGAGUGGAUGGACAAAAGUUUAGAGGAUAUUAUAAUAACAGAGGAAAUUUCAAUGUCAGAGGAGGCUAUAGCAACAAUCACUACUCACAGCCACAAAAGUGGAAAAAUAACCAAGAGCCACCAAAAUGGAAAAACAAUCAAGAAUCUCAAAAAUGGAAAAAUUAUGAAGAGGAAGAAGAUUCUUAUAGCUUCAAUGCUCAAAGUGAAGGGUCUCGGCCCUUGUUUAGAAGAGGUGAUGUCGCUGCCAGUAAGGACAAGUCCAAUACUGAAGAGUACCAAAGGAUUGUGGCAAUUGACAAUUCCCGAGGUUCAGGUCAUGACAGGGGCCACUCCCGGGAGAGGCCGCCUCCUAGAUACUCCCCUGCCCCAGGCCCAAGUCACUACGAGGACAGUCGUAGGCCGUACUAUAAUGAGAGAGAACGCGGCCACAGUCCCUACGAAGCCAGGCAUCGCUCACCUCACAGAGACGAAUAUGUGGACAAACACAGAGAACGGAGAGGUGGUAGUAGAGAAGAUGUUAAACGAGCAGAUUUUGUUGUAAGGAAAAAAGAAGAACGCAGGUAUUCACCUGAAAGAAGACUGAGCUAUGAAAGAGAUCAGAGAGAAAGUGAUCUAAGAAGUCGUAUCAAUGAGAAGCGCAGUGAUCCUCAUCCUCGUGUAGACGAGAGAGAGCGAGAGAGAAGGUACGAGAGUGACAGAGAGAGAGGUGAAAGACAUGGGAGACCACAUCACUCUUCUCCACCUAGAGAACGUAGAAGACCUGCAUCGUCAGAAAGACACGAGGGGUCUCGGGAUCGAAGAGAGGCCUGGGAGAGGGACAGGGAAAGAGACAGAGAGGGGAGGGAGAGAGAAGGCAGACGUCGUCACAGUCGUGAACGUGAACCUCGGGAACACUCGGACAACCACUACGAAGACUCCCGUCGUCCACCUAAGGGAGAGUACGAGCCUAAGAAGUUUUAUAAGACUUAUGAACCAAAGGAGUUUAUUCCUCCUCCGGUAAGAGGAAGAGGCAUGCCCAUGCGUCGAGGGGUUCCUCCAAUCAUGCGAGGUCGAGGAGGAAUCGUUCGAGGCAUGAGUCGAGGGUUCCGAGGUGCAGUGAUGGUUCCUCGAGGACUCCCGCGCGGACCGUUCAUCCCGCGGGGAUUUCCUCCACGCUUUUUCCCUCCCUACUGAAGUAGGGUCGGACCACAUUCGUCUAGCAACAGCAACGGUGGUUAAAUCAUUUUCUAUCAUCACUUAACAAAUUGUUAAAUAUUAUAUAAAACAAAAUAAGUUGCUGUUAAAAGAGUCAAUGCUGUCAGACUGACAAACCUAAAUAUUCCAAAUGCUCUGGACAAAAAAAUAUACAAUAUAUAUAAUUUAUGAUUAUGAAGGUUGAAAAUUAACCUUUGCAACACUAUUUGGAUAGCUGUUUUAUCCAUCUAUAUGUUCUCACAUUAUGUUUACAAAAAAAAAAUCAAAUAACAUAAAAAAAGGUAAAAAAAAAUGGUUCUAUAACUGUUAAUUGUUUAUAAACAGAAUCUGUUUAAUAUUAGGCUUCCGAUUGUUUAAUUAAAUUAUAUUAUUAAGAUUUUACCCUGGGAAUUGCCUGAAUGAUAUUCAUGGUACAUACGUUGUUUUAUUAAAAUAAACUUGUUUAAUAAAAUUCUUGUAUGUUUUUGUGAACAUUUGCAGUUUUCUAAUGUUCUCUCUGUUAGAAUAGAACAAUACUUUGUGUGAUGUAAUCCUUGAUAAAAAUAAGCUACUGUUAAUAUUGACCCUUUGAAUGAUGUGUUAUGCAAAACCAUUAUUUUCAUACUUGUAAAUUUGUGCUGCCCCUUCUUGAAUAAAAAAAAAAAUCUUUGCCCCAAUAUUGGGAAAAAUUUUGUUGACGUGUAUUUUAAUAGGAAAUGCAGGGAUAAUAUAUAAAUAAGUAGCUUGUUUUUAUUGAAACACCAAAAUUAUGCUCAAUACGCAAUUCAUCAAAUCUGCAAAAUGCAUAAAAUAGUUGUGUGCAUUUCAUUUAAUAAUUAUUUAAUGCAACAAUGUAAGCCAUCAUAAGGUUAUCCUUGUUCUUCAUAUUCAAGAUAAGUUUGUUUUUUCUGUUUAUUCCUUGCGAUUAUUGCUCUAGUUCAUCUCACUCAAAUGUACAAAAUUUUUUGUUAUUUUUUUAUUCUGAGUUGCAUUGUGAAAACACAUGGAAUAUUUAAAAUAUCUUCACAUUGAACAUUUCCUCAUUUUGUUCCUAGAAUAUAUUUAUUUGUUGUUUUUUUUAUUUGAUGUUUUUUUUUUAUUAUGGAACAAAAAUGUUGUUUUUGUCUGUAUAUGUUGACUAUUAUAAGUUAAGGUUUAAUAGUUGUUCAAGCUGUAAUUUUUUGUUACCAAAAUUCAAAAAUGAAGUUUUUUUGGAAGUGGUAUAAUUUUGGUUUGAUUUUGUAAUUUUACCAUCUAAGAACUUAUUCUUAAAGGAA